AUGGAGCCAACCAGGCCAGACAUCAUUCAGGCUGCUCAGGCUCACCAGGCUCUCAGGUACUUCGGUCAGGUCUUGCGCACGGAGGGCUGGCAGACUCAUGUGUUCCGUCGUGUCAGCUUCCCGACGGACAAGAUCGAUGAAUUUUGGAGCCAUAGCUGGCAUGGCAACAAGUGGAGCAAGAUUCUUACUGCCUUCUUCUUGUACAACUUCAAGGCGGCAGCAACGGCUUCAACCCUCGGCGCCAUGUUGAUGAUGAUCCUUUUUUCGAUGGGUCUUCUGCCUGAUCUUCGCCUUGAGAAUCCGACAUAUCCUUCGAGCUCAUGGUGGUGCACUGCCGUGGGUUUCUAUUUGUACCUUUUGGUGUCAAUCUUUUGGAGGCCAUGGAAACACAUAUUUCUAGAUGUUCUGUGCAUCGAUCAGCAGAACGAGGAUGAGAAAGUGGCCGCCAUUGUCAGCAUGGGGGCCUUUCUGAAAUGCUCAGAUGCCCUCCUCGUCCUGUGGGAUCCGUCAUACACCCAUCGCCUGUCACUUGGCGUUAAGGUUUUGGGGGCCGAUUUUCUGUCCCCCAAGUUCAGGAUAUAUUCACGCGGCUGA